AUGAAUGAGGUCCAUUUCACAUUUGCAUCACUCACCAAUUUAGUAAUUCACAUUGGGGGUUGGCUCAUCUCUCGGACACGGCAUUUUGCAGGAUGGCAUCUGAUCGUGAAAGCCAUCGAAGAUCGUGCUCAGUCUCAGUUGAGCAUGAUCGGAGAGCUGGGGCGUGAUGUCGGUUUGAAACCCGGGUUCAGAGCAGCACGAUCGACCGGCAUGCCAUCAGGCGCAAUGCGGGCUGGUUUCGGAGACAGUAUCAGCGUCCAUCCGACGGCAACUGGCACGCCGAACGUGCUGUUCGAUCAUAGACCAUCAGGGCAGCUCGACAAGAUGAGGCUACGGUAUGGUGAGGCGCAAGUAGCGCAAGCCUCCAACACAUGCUACAAGAUGUGUCAAGAGGAGUCGGACAGGGUUUACGGGGUGACGAAAAACUACGGUGAUGCAGCGGUUACCUUCCAAGCGACCGCGGCAAAGCAGAACAGCUUGUUCGUCACCCUGUCGCAGCCUUGCGGCGCCAAGACCCGUCCCUCUGCCGACUUCACCUCUUCUCGGCCGCCAGGUCUGCCUCCCACCAACCUCUCACUUCUACAAGAUGCGCUUACGAUGGCGGAGAAGGCGCCAGCAGCUCGCGCGCAAACCAUAAAGCAGGCCAAAGCGGCAUUCAAAAAGCGCGGCAGACCCUCCCUCUCCGAACGCGAGAAGAAGCAGCUUGAGCGGUCCAUCGAGCUCGACAGGAGGGCAUGGCGUGUUCGGGAGUCGGAGAAGCGGAGGUCAGAGGCUGUCAAGAAGAAGGCGGAGAAGGACAAGAAGGACAAGGAAGCCAGUCUGAAGGCACAGUUGGGCAGCCAGCGAAGGUUCGACCGAUUUGGGUACAAGAGCAGCCAGAUGCAUUUAGGCGCCUUCCUUCACGGCAACCGUACCGCAAGCACCACGACCAAGAGCCACAUGAAUCUCACGACAGAAGUGACAGCUGACGACAGCUUUGGCGACAGUGGACUGGACGACGAGACUCUACUUGACGCUCUCGAAAGCGCAAAGGCAGCACAAACAAGCGAACAGCCUUCCCGCGCGUCGCCAGCACCAGAGGAUCUAGACCAUAUCAGGCUGACUACGCUGGCUGUAAAGGUUCCACAGACUACCCAAGUUCAAGCCGCUCCAGACGAUCUGGCAUACUUCUUCGACGAGCUCGGCAGCAGCACCCAAAUCGCACGAGAGCUCACAGCAGAUGAGCCCGGCGAGAAGACUACGACCAAAUCCUUGUCCUUCAGCUCUGAUGAUUUUGGCCUGACGAUGGACGACAUCGAAGAAAUGGAGUCAGCAGAAAAGCACACCAAAGCCGAGCAAGACCGAAAGCUCAUGCCGCCGCCCUCCUUCAUUCCGACCAAGGCCACAAAAUCGAGUGUGCCAGCUCCGAUGAGCCAUGACUUCUCCCAAGAAGAUCUGGAAUGUCUGGCAGACUACGACAUUCAGCUCACGCAGGCCGAACCAGGCUGA